AGUACCGAGAGAGCCACCGUACCGAGACACAUUGGAGCUGGAAUACAGUCACUUAGGACUCGAUUAUGUUUAGAUUCAUGUUUAUUUUAUCAAAGACAAGGUUAUUUAUUUUCCAGCGUGAGGUCUACAGUUAUAUUUAUUAAUGAUGUCACGUCAGCGUUUCGUCUUAUUAGGUAGCUAGAUAGCCACAUAUUUAUUAUUGCGCUGCCAACCCUUGUUCCUUUCCUGUGUCAAUGAUUCUCCUACCCUCACUCUUAUGGCGGAGACUAAAAUAAUAUAUCACAUUGACGAGGAGGAGACUCCUUAUCUUGUGAAAUUAUCCGUUUCUCCUGAGAAAGUCACUUUAGCGGAUUUUAAAAAUGUCCUCAACAAUCGUCCGGUCAAUAGCUACAAAUUCUUCUUCAAAUCCAUGGACCAGGAUUUUGGGGUUGUCAAAGAGGAGAUUUCCGACGACAACGCCAAGUUGCCCUGCUUCAACGGGAGAGUGGUGUCCUGGCUCGUCCUGGCAGAGAGCUCUCACUCUGAUGGGGGGUCCCAGUGUACAGAGAGCCACCCAGAGCUGCCACCCCCCCUGGAGAGGACAGGGGGCAUCGGUGACUCCCGCCCACCCUCCUUCCAUGCCAACGCGGUGAGCAGUCGGGACGGCCUGGACACAGAGACGGGCACAGAGUCCCUCCUGAGCCACCGUAGGGAGAGAGAGAGAGAACGUGCCCGGAGGAGAGCACGAGAGACUGAAAUCCCUCGAAUCAACGGCCACUCUAAGUCGGAGCGCACAGCAAGGGACUCCGCCAUGGGCUAUGACAGUGCCUCAGUAAUGAGCAGUGAGCUAGAGUCCAGCUCCUUCGUCGACAGUGAGGAAGAUGAGGACGCUAGCAGGGGUGCUGCCCUGCGGCUGACCCUGUGCUGCUCACAACCUGCAGUACUCAGCAGCUCCACGGAACAGAGCUCGUCCUCUCAGCUGAUGCGCAGACAUAAACGCCGCAGACGGAGGCACAAAGUGGCCAAAAUAGACAGGUCUUCGUCUUUCAGCAGCAUCACCGAUUCCACAAUGAGUCUAAACAUCAUCACUGUCACACUCAACAUGGAGAAGUAUAACUUCCUGGGUAUCAGUAUCGUGGGGCAGAGUAACGACCGGGGGGACGGGGGGAUCUACAUCGGCUCCAUCAUGAAGGGAGGAGCUGUGGCUGCAGAUGGCAGGAUAGAACCUGGGGACAUGCUCCUACAGGUGAACGAUGUGAACUUUGAGAACAUGAGCAACGAUGACGCUGUGAGGAUCCUGAGAGAGAUUGUCUCCAAAACAGGUCCUAUUAGUCUUACUGUGGCCAAGUGUUGGGACCCGUCUCCGCGAAGCUACUUCACCAUCCCCCGGGGUAAGACACUCACCGAUGUUCCACCAACAACAGCUGAACCAGUGAGGCCCAUCGACCCUGCUGCCUGGAUCUCCCACACAACUGCCCUGACCGGACCCUACCCACACUACGAAUUUGACGACUUGCCGCUAUCUGCGAGUAAGACGGACAUAUCAACCAUCGUCAAGGUGAUGCAGCUGCCUGACUCUGGUCUGGAGAUCCGGGACAGGAUGUGGUUGAAGAUCACCAUUGGCAACGCUGUCAUCGGUGCUGACGUGGUGGACUGGCUCUACUCGAGGGUGGAGGGCUUCAAGGACAGGAGAGAUGCCAGGAAGUAUGCCAGCAGUCUGCUGAAACAUGGUUAUCUGAGACACACCGUCAACAAGAUCACCUUCUCAGAGCAGUGCUACUACACCUUCGGAGACCUCUGCCAAAACAUGGCGUCUCUCAACCUGAACGAGGGUUCCAGUGGUGGGGGCUCUGAGCAGGACACCCUGGCCCCCCUCCCCCCCCCUGCCACCAACCCGUGGCCCCUGGGGGGUCAGCCAUUCCCCUACCCCCCCUUCCCCUCCGCACCUGCAGGCUUCCCUCCGGGCUACUCAGACCCCUGCCACAGUUUCCACAGUGGGAGUGCUGGCAGCCACAACAGUGAGGGAAGCAGAAGCAGUGGAUCCAACCCCAGUGUGGGUAUUGGGACAGGGAAGGGCCCUAGCCGACGCUCCUCCCCACAAGAGAAGGGUCACAGAUCCACAUGCAGUGAAUCCGAGCCACCGGGCAUCCUAGGGGCGAGGCGCCCUGGUGAUAGGUCCGCCAGCCAGUUGAGUCAUCACAGCAGCCAUGCCCACUCCAGCAACAGCCACGCCCGCUCGGGUUUCAGCCAUGCCCAGUCUCACAGGAGCCACUGUCAGUCACUGAACAGCCACGCCCACAGCCACGCCUCCUUCACCUACAAACACGCCCCUUUCACCCAGCCUGGGCUUGGCUCAUGUGGCCACAGUGAGCGAAGCCACGCCUCCUCCUACGGCCCCCCUGGCCUGCCCCCCCCAUACUGCCUGGCCCGGUUGGCCCCUAAGACCUCCGUCAGCAGCAGCACCCCUCCCGGGGCCCCCCCAGUACGGGAGCUAGGAGCCGUCCCCCCUGAGCUCACGGCCAGCCGCCAGUCCUUUCAGCACGCUAUGGGAAAUCCCUGUGAGUUCUUUGUUGACAUCAUGUGACAGACAGGACAGUGCCUUUUAAAAACUUGCUGAGCACAAACAACUCCCCCGUCCAACUGCCUGACGCCUGACGCCUGUCCGUCCCGCCUCUCCUUUUCUUCUUUACCUCUCUGCUACUGACUAUCCCUGAGUUAAGAAUGUAGACGCUGGUCCCCUCCCUCCAUCUGAUGUCGGAGCAGGGGAAGACAGCAGACUAGAGCACCACAGAACAGAUGAGAGUCCUGCUAUCACACAAACACACAGAGCCUCAGUGUCUGAACUGGACCCCUGCCAGCUCCUUUGUAUUGACGUGACAUGUAGAGUUUGUGAAAUCGAUGUGAGUGUUGUUCAAUAUGGUGAUCCUUGUGAGCUGCCACACAGACAGUCCAGUUCUGAGAGCAUGUACUUACUCUAUGUGGAGUAUGACUACCUGCUGUUUGUAGAACCUGACAUCCAGGCCAACUGACUGGGUCUGGAUCUCAAUCCCCCAGACCCACCCAGAGCCCUUGCCAAUGGUCUAAAGGGAGAAUCCAUACACUGGAGAAGUUUAGUGAUAUUUAUGUGAUCAUGAUGUUGCAUUGACGGUCAGUGUCAUACCUCUCUCUAUGACACAUUUACAAUCACACAUGGUUUCCCUCUCUGUGACUCAGUGGCCAGGACUGUCCUAGCUGUGCUUUGUCCAAUGUCUCAUUAAUAAUGCAGUCAAUUGGCCCGUGACCUCCACAACAGACAUGUGUUUGAGGUCUACUACCUGAAACAGAACUAAGCUGAUCAUCACCAGUUAAAGACAACAGGGUCGCUGAAAGUGGAUGGAUGUCCCCCUCCAGUCAUCAGUGUUGACAGAAUCAGAGAUAACCAAAGCUUCACACAGUGAGGUGUGUAGUUCUGUACAGUGUAGGUAUUGUUCUGUGAUAUCACCAGAUGAUUUCUGAUGAAAAAUUAUUAUUUUGAAACAAAUGAAUACAGCUGUGUUUGAGUCUACCGACAACACACAAACGGUGUGGUGCAUAAGACCUUUCUAUCACGGCACUGUCCUAAUUAUUUGAGCACUUUUUAAUUGUCUCGCUCUCUCUCUGGCCCUUUAGUAUGAAACACUGUUUGCAAUCAAAGCUUCGUCCGUCGUUUUGUUUCUUUACAAAAAGAGGAAUAAAUUGUACAUAGAAAUGUAUUAUAUAUAAGAAUAAAAAAAUAUAUAUGUACAAAGA